UACAACCUGUCCUUGAGUUCAUUCAUUGCAGACAAGAUAGGCAACAUUGUUCCAACUUUUAACACAAACCAGUGUUUCACACCGCACAGUAAAGGUAUGGAAAGAAUUGCAGAGGAGAAAUGUCUAGGUUGAUGGAACCUCAGCCCAAGUUCCUGCCACCAGAAUGGAGGCUUGCAAACCAAAUACAUUAUGGGAGUGCAGAGGCUGAGCGUUCACGCUCUGAGCGACUCACGGCUGAGAGUAAGAGGCUGAUAGAGGAGAGUGGCAUGGCAGCCAAACGCAUGCAACAGGAUGCCAACAAGAGACUGGAGCAGAGAAUCCAUGACAUCAAGUUCUGGAGGUCAGAGCUGGACCAGAAGCUGGAGGAGAUUGUCCAGGAGAUUAAGGUGCUGGUAACCUGUACGAGCCGGGUGGAGAGAGCCCUGGAGAGCUGUGCCCAGCCCCUCAGUGUCGCCCUGCAGUGCCUGACUGAGAGGCAGAAGCGUGUUUCCAUUGACCUGGUACAUGACGAGGUGGAGUGGGAACUGAUGAAGGAGAGCGAGGUGAUCGAGGGAGUGGCAUCACUGCUGAAUCGCACCCUGGAGCAGACCAAUGAACAGAUCAGACUGAACCGCUCUGCAAAGUACUACCUAGAGAAGGACCUGCGGGACAAGCUCCAAGCAGAGCAGAUUGAUGGUUUCUGCUCCAUCCUCACAAACACCUCCCCGAAUAUUGACAACGUGGCUAGUCAGACAGCACUCGCAGUACCAGGUGCCACUGUGACACCAGAGGAGUGGGACACCUUCUCCAACAUCAACAUCCUCAAAGCAGAGAGCGAGAAGAAGAACUCCCUGUCGCUGAGGGCUCUGGUGGAGAGCCUCCUGGAGCAGAUGGCUGCUGACAUGCGCAGGCAGCACAACGCUACGGGCAAUGCCCUCCGGCUGCAGGUCCAGGAGACCAAGACGGCCAAAGGACAACUAGAGGACCACCUGGCAAAGGUUCUGUCAGAGGUGUCCAGCCAGGAGUGGAACCUGGAGACCCUGCACGUGGCCAUCGAAGACAAAGCAGGUCCCCUGAAGGUGGCCCAGACGCGGCUGUCCACCCGCAGCCAGAGACCCAGCAUCGAGCUCUGUCAUGACCCGGUCCAGGUCCGCCUGCUCUCCGAGGUCCAGGAGCUCACUGCACACAUCAAGAGACUGCGAGAGGCCCAGGCCCAGUCGGAGAUGGAGCUGCUGGCCCUGACCCGCUCCCAGCUGAUCCUGGAAGAGGAGAUCCAGGUCAAGUCCCACACCCUCUACAUCGACGAAGUCAUCUGCACCCAGCUCCGACAGUCCAUCUCCAUCCACAGCUUCUGAAUACCACUCCCACCAUGACAAGCCCGGUCCCUGAUCUGUUUGUGCUGUCUUGCGUGAACAGAUCUGGGACAAGCCUAGACCAUGGCCACACUGGAAGGACUUUAUAGUGGGGCUCUUUAGCUGAUGCUGACAUACCCAGGCUAGCAUUUAUAAAAAAUACUUGGCAAUUUUACUGAUGAAUAAAAUAUGAGGUAUACAUUA